AACUCCUUGCUCUUCUCUUUGCUCAUCUUUCUUAUAUAUCUUUUUUUUUUCUCUGACAAAACCACAUCCAUCCUUGAACACAAUGUCAAGCAGAAGAUCACGUUCAAGGCAAUCAGGUGUUUCCAGCAUCACAGAUGAUCAGAUCGCCGAUCUUGUUUCCAAGUUGAAACACCUCAUCCCUGAGCUUCGGAGAAGCCGCUCCGUCAAGAUAUCAGCCUCCAAGGUCUUACAGCACACCUGUAACUACAUCAGAAGCUUACGCAGAGAGGUGGACGACCUAAGCGACAGGUUAUCCCAGCUAUUAUCUUCCACAGACAUCGAUAGCGACCAAGCAUCCAUUAUCAGGAGUUUACUUAUGUAAUA